AUGGGAAAAUUUGUCCUCUCCAGAAAUGAUUCUGAAGUGCUGUGGGAUACCUUUGCACACCCAACCGACACUUUAUUGCCAACUCAAGAGAUGGAGAUUGGCACCAUGCUCAUCUCUCGACGCUCUGAAGCCAAUUUUUCACUUGGUAGGUUCUAUCUUCGGAUGCCUGAUAAUGGGAAUUUGGUGCUUUCAUCAAAAAUGGUUCCAACCAAUUCAGACUAUGAUGCUGAUUACUACAAUAGUCAGACUUCUGAUCCUUCAAAUUCGACAAAUUCUGGCUAUAAAGUGAUAUUUAGUGAGAAGGGCUCAGUUUCUAUACUAAAAAGAAACAACGCAACACAAGAGCUUACUCCACAGUCUGUAUCAUCAGUUACAGAAAAUUAUCUGAGACUGACUCUAAACUUUGAUGGAGUGCUCACUCUGUAUCGUUAUCCCAAGGGUUCUGCUGGUAACCUAUCUUGGAUUCCUCUUUGGUCUCAGCCGGAUAAUAUUUGUACCAAAAUUACUGGCGAUAAAGGCAGUGGGGCUUGUGGGUACAACAGUGUGUGCUCAAUUGAUUCCAACCAGAGACCAUCCUGUAAUUGCCCUCGGGGUUAUUCACUGUUUGAUCCAAGUGACCAGUACGGCAACUGCAAACCAAAUUAUGUUCAGACUUGUGAGGAACCUAGGAAGGGCUCAUCUGAAGAGCUGUUUAGUUUAAUUGAGAUAACAGACACAGAUUGGCCGCUGUCGGACUUUGAGCAGAUUAAUCCUUCCAACAAAGAUGACUGCAGAACAGCUUGUUUGAAUGAUUGUUUGUGUGCUGUCGCAAUUUUCAGAAGCAAUAGCUGUUGGAAGAAGAAGUUUCCACUGUCGAAUGGGCGCAUAGACACGAGUCUAGACGCAACGGCUUUCCUAAAAGUUGGGAAAGGGGAUGCUCCUCCUUUGACUCCUGAUCCGUGGAGAGAAUUUCCAGAGAGGAAGAAGGAUCAAGGAAAUUUGAUCAUUGCGGGUUCAACGCUCUUGGGAAGCUCUGUAUUUGUAAAUGUUCUACUCCUUACUGCACUUCUUUAUGGAUUCUUCUUCAUUUACAAGAAGAAAAUCAAGGUCAGUAACAGGUAA